AUGGUCGGUGAGCGUCCUGCAUCGUUAUCGCCAGUGGGUUCGGAGUUGCGCCCGGCGACUCAAGCUGUGCCCUUUGACGAGACUGUCGCAGCCCAGCGACCCGCUGCUAUUCGUUCAGUCUCACUGCCCACGCCGUCGGACACGCCACUCGAACCUAAUGGCCGGUCUUUCAGCACCAGCGCUGCCUCUCCUGAACCCAACGAUCGUCCCUCGACAGCCCACUCCGUAUGCAACACGAAACAAAAUGGAGGACUGACGCCGCCAACUCCAGCUGGCGAGGACAUAGAAACACCAAGGUCGGAGGAUGAUCAUUGGGUAAUGCCUUCGGUGCGCAGUGUGCCCAGCAUUGUGAUCAAUGACAGCUCGCGUCCGGUCUCGCGGCCAGGUUCUCGAUGGUCGGAGCGCAAGUGGGGUGGAUUGAGAAAGAGGUCAGCAGAGUUGGAACGCAAGAUGAGCACGGAGGAACUUCCUCCUGUGCCUCAGAUCGAACCAGAGUUUAGUGGAAUCAGCUUGGAUAUACCGACGGCAUCCCUGGGCGGGUUGGGACAGGGUAUGAAAUUUUCGACUCGUGGCAGCCUCAUCAGAGACCGAUUGAAGCGUCCAUAUCCUGCCUUACCUAAGGAGAAACAACCAGAGGAACCGUCUGAAAGAAUAUCGGCACCGCCCGCAGAGGAGAUAUCUGUCGAACGAGUCGCAGAUACAGACGCAGGAUCAAAAGUCACAGCGUCGAUGCCAUCUUACAAGGAGGAGACAAAUCAUGAAAAGCAAGGCACGACGAAUGGUCAGAAGGAAGAUGCGACAAAUGGCGCUCCCAAGGCAGUGCCCCGUGCCAGACCACAGAGUACCCUUCGCCCAAGGCAGACGAGCCUCCAGAGUAGAGCCAUCUCCGCAGACGAGGAUAUGCUGUCCCGACGAGUUCGGCUGAUGUAUGAGAAGGGUGACGACAAUGUCACCGAUGCGGAGGUUGCAAAGGCAAUGGCAUCUGACAAUGGCGUCCUCUGGGAAGAGCCGACCACCCCCGGCAUUGAGACUGCUUCCACACCUGCCCCAGAGGUAAACGGAACGGACCUCAAGGGCCGAGCCUCUGAAGAAGUGGAGCGCAUCAGGAUGAAGAGAGAGACAAGGGAACUAGCAGGGGGCAUCGAGUAUUGGCAAGAUGUGGGCGCCGGACAGGUUGAUCGCUAUGGCUUCAUUCAUGCAUCGGCCGAUGAGCCUCACCCCAUUCAAAGAGUGACCACGAGCCUUCUUCUUGCCUCCGAGACGCCUCGAAGGAAGCGCUCCAUUCGACCACCGACUGCCCGGCCCAGCAACCGCUCCUUUAGUGCUCGAUCCCCCACGCGCAACCCCUCCCAGAGCUCUGCGACUGGUCGUCCAACCUCGUCAGCAAGCACACGUAGUAUGCCAGUCCGUCGCUCCACAUCGCGUCUUCGUUCGGCGACGAACCAUCUCCCCCACAACAGGGACCGAAAGGUUAAGGACGAAGCCGGCGACAUGCUGACUCUUCCUGUGGAUGUCCUUGGCGAAGGCCAAGACACGGCUGCCGCGCGCGCGAUGCGAAGAAAGGAGUGGGAGCGCGAGGACAAGUGGACCAAAAUGGCGAAACCAGUUAAGAAAAGUCGUGAUGGCGGUGGCAUGAAAUUCGAAUUUGACACACAUAGCACCAAAUUGAUCGAGCGGACGUGGAAGGGCAUCCCCGACCGGUGGCGCGCAACAGCUUGGUACUCGUUCCUGGAGAGCAGCGCAAAGCAUCAUGAAAACAGUCCCUCUGAUGACACGCUCGUUGCGGCCUUCCACGAUUACCAAUACAUCUCCUCCCCCGACGAUGUCCAGAUUGACAUCGAUGUGCCCCGCACGAUCACCAGCCAUAUCAUGUUCCGUCGACGGUAUCGUGGUGGACAAAGACUGCUGUUCCGUGUGCUUCAUGCGAUGUCGUUGUACUUCCCCGACACUGGCUACGUGCAAGGUAUGGCGGCUCUAGCGGCAACGUUGCUGGCAUACUAUGAUGAGGAGCAUGCCUUUGUCAUGCUGGCCCGACUUUGGCAGCUGCGUGGUCUCGAGGAGCUGUACAAGUCUGGCUUUGCAGGUCUCAUGGAGGCAUUGGGUGACUUUGAGCGAGAGUGGCUCGCUGGUGGUGAAGUAGCCUCGAAACUGAACGAAGUCGGGAUUCCUCCCACAGCCUACGGAACUCGAUGGUAUCUCACCCUUUUCAAUUACUCCAUUCCUUUCCCUGCCCAGCUUCGGGUGUGGGACGUCUUCAUGCUCCUCGGAGAUGCCGACGACCUCACUGCCACUGCCCGGCCAAACACCGCGUCCGGCAAGAGCAAGAAGGAUUUGCCUGUCCCCCGCUCUAGCACCUUUGGGCAAGGUCUCGACGUGCUCCAUGCAACCUCUGCAGCUCUCAUCGAUGGCAUGCGCGACAUAAUCCUCGAAUCCGAUUUCGAAAACGGCAUGAAAGUCCUCACCAGUUGGGUCCCAAUCAAGGACAUUGAAAUCUUCAUGCGUGUUGCCAAAGCGGAGUGGAAGGUCCACCGUCGCAAGAAGACGACAUAG